CACUUCACCGUCUCUCUCUCAAAACUAACUCUCUCUAACAAGGUUCAGGAUAUCAAAUCCUUAGGCCUCUGCCUCUCUGUUUCCAAAAGAUUUUUUUCUCUCAGCCCCAUGGUUGAAGAUAUUUUGAUCAAAGUAGACUGUUCUGGAGAGCUGCGUAAGCUUAGCGUGGUUUGGACCAUUAACUCUUUAAUUGCUGCUUCAGCCAGGCAUUUUGUUCUUCGACAAAUAAUUUCAGAGCACCCAGACUUAUAG